AUAUUUUAUAUUUUUAAUGGGUGGAGAUAAACACGAUAUGAGUUAUUAUUUUAAAUGCAUGAUUGGAGGUACCUUAGCAUGCGGUCUUACACAUACAGCAAUUGUCCCCUUAGAUGUUGUCAAGUGUAGAAGAUAAGUAAAUUAAGAUGAUAAUAUAUUUAAUAGGUUUUCCCUACCUUAUAUAAAUCAUUGGGUGAUGGAUUAAGUACAAUAUCAAAAACAGAAGGAUUCGGAGGAUUAACAUUGGCUUGGGGACCAACUUUGAUUGGAUAUUCACUUUAAGGAUUAGGAAAAUUUGGAUUCUAUGAAAUCUUCAAAGAUGUUUAUAAAUCGAUUGUUGGAGAGGAAAAUGCCAAUAAAUAUAGAAGAAUUGGUUGGUCUAUAGCUUCAGGAAGUGCUGAAAUUAUUGCUGAUACACUCUUAUGCCCAAUGGAAGCAAUAAAAGUCAGGAUGUAAACAUCAAAACCAGGUUCAUUUACAACAAGUGGAACAUAAGCAUUUAAUUAAGUUAAAGCUAAUGAAGGUAAUAAUAAUAAUUACUAUAUAUAUUAGGAAUAAAUGGACUCUACAAAGGUUUGGGACCACUUUGGGCAAGAUAAGUACCAUAUACAAUUGUGAAGUUUGUUGCUUUUGAAUAAAUUGUUUCAUUAUUCUAUGAGAAUGUAUUUACUAAACCAAAAGAUUCAUACUCUAAAUUUACAUAAUUAUCAGUAACAUUUGCAUCAGGAUAUUUGGCUGGUAUAUUCUGUGCUAUUGUAUCACAUCCUGCUGAUACAAUUGUAUCUAAAUUAAAUUCAAUCUAAACAGGAGGUAAAUUAUACUAUUUAUUAUAAUAGGAUCAUUGGGUGAAAAUGUAGGUAAAAUUUAUAAGGAAAUUGGAUUCUCAGGAUUAUGGAGAGGAUUAGUAACAAGAAUUAUUAUGAUUGGUACACUCACUGGUCUCUAAUGGUGGAUUUAUGACAGUUUUAAAACAGCUGUUGGAUUAUAAACCACUGGAGGUGGAAGUAGCACACCAAAACCCUAAGAAACAAAACAUUGAUAUAUGUCCAAUUUUAUAUCAAUUCAAGCAUUUAUAUAAUCA